CGGAACGGUGCGACUCUCCCUUUCUGUUUCCUCCUAGGGGCACUAUGAACGGAGAGGAGCAGUUUGUAAACAUUGAUUUGAAUGAUGACAACGUUUGCAGUGUGUGUAAGCUGGGAACCGACCAAGAGACGCUCUCCUUCUGCCACAUUUGUUUCGAGCUAAAUAUUGAGGGGGUACCAAAAUCUAAUCUCUUGCACACCAGAUCAUUACGAGGCCAUAAAGACUGCUUUGAAAAAUACCAUUUAAUUGCAAACCAAGGUUGCCCUCGAUCUAAGCUUUCAAAAAGUACUUAUGAAGAAGUUAAAACCAUUUUAAGUAAGAAGAUAAACUGGAUUGUACAGUAUGCACAAAAUAAGGAUCUGGAUUCAGAUUCCGAAUGUUCUAAGAACACCCAGCAUCACCUGUUUAAUUUCAGGCACAAACCAGAUAAAAAACUACUUCCGCAGUUUGACUCCCAAGUACCAAAGUAUUCUGCAAAAUGGAUAGGUGGAAGUACAGGUGUCAUUUCAAACUGCACACAAAGAAUUUUGGAGCAGAGGGAAAAUACAGACUUUGGACUUGCUAUGUUACAAGAUUCAGGUGCCACUUUGUGUCAUAGCAGUGUAUUGUGGUCUCGUAGUCACAACCAGGCACAGAAAAAAGAAGAGACAAUCUCUAGUCCAGAGGCUAAUGUCCAGACCCAGCAUCCACAUUACAGCAAAGAGGAAUUGAAUUUGAUGACUCUUGGUGAGGUAGAGCAACUGAAUGCAAAGCUGCAACAGCAAAUCCAGGUUUUUGAAGAGUUAACACAUCAAGUGCAAGAAAAAGAUUCUUUGGCUUCCGAGCUUCAUGUCCGCCAUGUGGCCAUCGAACAGCUUCUCAAGAACUAUUCCAAAUUGCCAUGUCUGCAAGUGGGGCGAGCAGGAAUGAAGUCACACCUACCCAUAAACAACUGAGCUAAACUUACACUUACUUUGUGUGCCCUACCCUUUAUUGGUCUGCAAGGCAUGCAAACUUUGUAGAAGUUUGAAGAACGUUAUAGUUCAUUUUUUUAAUGGUCAUUAAAUUGGCAAAGCCUAAGGCAGUAUUCAACAUCUUUGUCAAAUAAGGUAGAUCAUGAUACUCUAGUCUUCUAGGGUUAAUCAUUUUGGUCCAUUUUGGGAAUUUUUUUCCCUAAGUACUAAAUGCCCUUCCCUAACUUUUAUCACAUGUGACUACUUAAAUAUUACUGUUGCAGUGUCAUUUUAUUAAACAUUUUAAUGUAAUUCACCUUUCAAGCCAACAGCAGAUUAACAAACUCCUUAGUCUUAACAACUAAAGAUAGUUUUUAAGAGGGAAGUGGAAUUCAUAAUAUCACCUCUUAUUUAUUAUGAGCAAUAUUUUAAUAUGAAAUUUUUAUAUAUAAAAAUGCUAUUUUAGGUACUUUGUCAUUCUCUUUAUAAGUAUGUAUUUGAAUGACUCUGUAUAUUUACACUUUCGUGUGUGAAUGUGUUCACCCAUAUUUCAGGUCACUGCAUUGUUCUCUUAAUAUACUGUUUGUACAACUGUUAUCUUGCUUUCCAAAGAUAAAUGUAUUUUGGAGUAGAAAUUGACUUGUUGAGUUGUUUUAACUACUAAUAACUCUUAUAAAAGAGGAAUUCAUAGCUUUUUAAAGCAAGUGUUCAAGUAAAUAAAAUAUAUUAUUUUUUUGUAACAAAAUAAGUUCUAAGUUCAGGUAGAAAAUGUUAAUCUAGAUUUUGUGUGUCAACUUGUCUCCGUAGAAAUGAAACCUUCUACUUCAUUUAUUAUUCAUUUCAUACUAAUGACGUUGAUUGUUAGAAUUUGGAUGGACUAAGUCAAGCCUCACUUCCAAGUCAAAUUAAAUGUACUUUGAAAUUGUUCUAACUUUGAAAAAAUUAAAAGCAUUUUCUAUGC